AUGGAUAUCUCAUCAGCUUUAAAAGUAUUGCGAAAUUCAACUACGGAGGCUCUUGGAAGCCAUCAUCAGGAGAUAUUGUUGACCUUGACUGAGAUAGGCCAGCGGUUAAAGCCAGUUACCCUUUCAGUCAUUCAGGACGAACAGACAUUAGUCGGAUCAGAAUAUUCCGCAAGUAUACCAAAUGACUCGGACCAGUCAUCUUAUGGCGGCGUGUCCGAGAGCGAGAGCAGUGUCGAGAGUCACCGAGAAACGCUAGCCUCGGACAGACCGACUACCCUUGGAAGAUUAGAAAACGACGUGAAUCCCGAAAGCCACAACAGCAUGGACUCCGAGAAUCUUCCUGGUUCCACGUGUACUUCGAAAUCCCCACCAGCUCAAGAUUGGCCUGUGAAGUUGCUUGCAGCGUCUAUUCGUGACUGCCCCUGGUUACGCAGCUUCUUGGAGAAGGAACCGUCCGAGAUCUUAAAGCGUAAGAGGUCGCAGAUGACAGACAAGAGAAUCAGGGAUAUCCGAUUUGUGGAAGGCACGCGGUGCCCGAAAAAUGAAGAUAAGAUAUUCAGAGGCUUGGCCCAGCGAUCACUGGGUCUUCAAUUUACGCGACUUCAAUACGAAGCCCAAACAAAAACAAGAGUAGAUGAGCUAUGUGAGAGUAUCUGCUCUGCCGAUCCUGAGAUCAGAGCACGCAUACGCAAAAGAACAGGGUUUAUUACUAGACAUUUGCAUCGUUUCAAGUUCGCCCCUGAGGAAAGAGGGACUUUACUCCGUGGCAUAAAUGGCGGGGUUAAACAACUGGUAGUCGAGACAUUGCUUCAAAAACGACUCGAGGAAGCGGGACGGUCGAAUCAGUCAGUCGCAAUAUCUGCUAUCACAGCAUUAAGCAUCUUUGCCUUUGGUCACCUUAAUUUUGAAGAUAUACCUCGGUUUAUUGACCUUAUAUUCCUCGAAUCUUCGAAGACUGAACUUCCUCUUAACUCAGUCACUACAAUGCCAGACCACCCGAGGACUGAGCCCUUUCACAUUUUGGACAUUAUAGCCUCGUUGUCACCAUUUUUUUCCAAAUUCCAAGAUAGCUAUGACAGAGAUGUUAGGUCUGAAGAGCCGUCAGACCUUGAACAGCGUUCAGAAAUGCACAAGCCCAAGAAACUGAGCCCCUCCAAGAAGAACCAGAUUCGCAUGAGUGUGACUUGGCUACAUACAACCAGGAGACAUACACUACAGGAUCUCGCAGCGCUUCAGCUCGAGAUGCAUUAUUCAGCACACCUGGUGUGA